AUGCAGUCUUCGCUAGUUUCUUUCGUCCUCGCAGCACUCUUGUCAUCGCACUUCGUGGCUGCGGUGCCUCAGGCCACUACUACAGCGUCCACUGCUCUGCCAACCGCGACGUCGAAUGUGCAAGGGCUGAACUAUCUGGCUACCAAUGCUGGAAAGCUUUACUUUGGAACUGCUACUGAUGUCAAUGAGCUUGAUGACACGACGUACACGGGCAUCAUGGAGAACUAUGAGCACUUUGGGCAGCUCACUCCGGAGAACAGCAUGAAAUGGGAUGCGACAGAGCCGGAGGCUGGCACGUUCACAUUCACCGAUGGCGAUACCAUUGCCGCCCUUGCGAAGCAAUAUGGCAUGUACCUUCGAGGGCACAACUGCGUGUGGUACGAGCAGCUCCCAGACUGGGUCACGGACAACGACUACAACGCCACCGGCCUGACCGCGGUCAUCCAAACGCACGUCUCGACCUUGGUCGGACAUUACAAGGGACAAGUGUACGCAUGGGACGUUAUCAACGAGCCUCUGAACGAUGAUGGUUCGAUGCGCGAGGACGUGUUCUACGACACCCUCGGCGACAGCUACAUCUCGAUUGCUUUGACGUCUGCCCGCGAGGCCGACCCCAACGCGAAGCUCUACAUCAACGACUACAACAUUGAGUACACAGGUACCAAGUCGACGGCCUUGCAGACCCUCAUCAAGCAGCUUCAGGCAGACGACGUACCCAUCGACGGCGUCGGAAUGGAAUCCCACUUCAUCGUCGGUGAGGUCCCGACGACGCUCGUCGAGAACUUCCAGGCGUAUGCCGACCUCGGUCUUGAGUUCGCCAUCACCGAGCUGGACAUCCGCAUGGAGCUGCCAGAGACGGCGGCCUUGCUUGAGCAGCAGAAGAGCGACUACUACACCGUUGUCAAUGCUUGCAUGCAGGUCUCAGCUUGCAAGGGCGUUACAGUGUGGGACUGGACUGACAAGUACUCUUGGAUUCCCGACACCUUCUCGGGCUAUGGAGCUGCGUGCCCAUACGACUCUAACUACGAACCGAAGCCUGCAUUUGAUGGCAUUGCAAUUGCCUUCGAAGGUGGUUCUCUGUAGCCGAAAUGUCGAUAUCGUUGCAUUCCAUCUGUAUAAGUUGGCAUGGUUGUUGGGUGCAGGUGCCAACGAUCAGUUGCGUUCGGAAUAAAAUGGUGUGGAAGCUCAUUGUGGCACGGUUGGAUGACUCAGGCGCCGUUCACUGCAAAGAAAGUACCGAUUCCUGCGGUGCGAAACAUAUGGAAAUGUGUGGAUCUUCAUUGAAUUUCCCCUGGUGCGACAGCAUAUAGUGUUGUGAGUCAAAAAAGGCAGUUGGGCACGGAUUACUGCCCAGGGAAGGUGGAAAAUGGGCCUUUUCCAAGCCUUUUGGCAAAGUUACAGUGACUCUCGAAGUCGGCUGUGAAGGAGCCUGCUUUCGAACCCAC